UAAUUUCGCUCUUUUUUUUUUUCAGCACACACUCAAAAAACGUCAAAACAUUCCCAUACUACAAAUUGUUCAAGACAAUGGAUUGGAGUAGAAGAUAAGUGUUUCUAUUUUUCUGAAGAUACUAAGAAUUGGACAAGCAGUAAAAUGUUUUGCAGUGCACAGGGAUCAGAACUUGCUCAAAUUGAUACACAGAAAGAAAUGGACUUUUUGAAGAAGCACAUAGGAACAUCUCAGCACUGGAUUGGGUUGAGCAGAAAACAAGGAGAGUCUUGGAAAUGGACAAAUGGCGCCACAUUCAAUGCUUGGUUUGAAAUUGAUGGGAAUGGAUUAUUUGCUUCUGUGAAUGCUGAUGGAGUUUACAGUUCAAGGGGACUUGUUGAUAUCAAGUGGAUUUGCAGCAAACCUAGAUUUUAAUAUAGAAAAAAAAAAACUGGGAAAUGAUAACCAUAGUUUGGGAAUAGACUAGCCCUGGCUGGGUAGCUCAAUGGGUUGGAGCAUUGUCCUGUACACCAAAAGGCUGUGGGAUCCUGCUCAGGAC